CCGUCCAGCCCCCCGUACCGCAAGGCGCCGCCUCACGCGCCGCUGUCUCGCCCUAGGAAAAGCCGGCGGCGCUCCAACCUCUUCACGCCGUCCAAGAAAGGGGACGACAAGCUGCGCAACGGCGGCUGCGAGCUGGGCAGCGGGCGCGCCAUCCCGCUCAAGCAGGGCUACCUCUACAAGCGCAGCAGCAAGGCGCUCAACAAGGAGUGGAAGAAGAAGUAUGUGACGCUGUGCGACGACGGCCGCCUCACCUACCACCCCAGCCUGCACGACUACAUGGACGACGUGCACGGCAAGGAGAUCCCGCUGCAGUACGUGACGGUGAAGGUGCCCGGGCAGCGGCCGCGCGGCUCCAAAGCCGUGCCCGCCUCGCAGCCCGGGGGCAACGGGCUCGCCGACGGGCUCGGCAGCCUCACCAUCUCAAGCUUCCAGAGCAAGGAGCAGCGGCGCGCGGCGGACAAGGUGCUGCUGACGGCGUUCGAGCUGCUGCGCGAGCCGGGCGGCGCGGGCGGCGCGGAGGACGCGGCGGCGCUGGCCAGCACGGCGCUGGCGGCGCUCAACGGCUGCGCGCUCGACGCCAAGGCCGACACGCCCAACUGGCAUUUUGAAGCUGGCAAUUCAGAGGAGCGAGAUGAAUGGGUGGCAGCCAUUGAACAACAGAUCUUGACUUCCCUUCAAGGCAAUGAGAGUGGAAAGGCAAAAUCACGGUUGGCAGGAUGUGUGGAUGCUGCAGCUGUGCAAGCAGUCCGCUCACGUGUGCCAGGCAACUCGCACUGUGCCGACUGUGAUGCUCCCAACCCAGAUUGGGCCAGUCUCAACCUAGGUGUGGUGGUGUGCAUCGAAUGCUCUGGAAUUCAUCGCAAUCUUGGGUCGCAUAUUUCCCGAGUUCGCUCUUUGGACCUUGAUGAGUGGCCGCCUGGUCACCUCGCUGUUAUGCUAUCCCUGGGAAAUGCAUUAGCUAAUAGUGUUUGGGAGGUUCACACACGUAGCAGGGCAAAGCCUACUCCCAACUCUAGCCGUGAAGAAAAGGAGCGAUGGAUCCGCAGUAAAUAUGAGGCCAAGGAAUUCUUGGCCUCCGCACCUUCUGGUGCCCCACUGGCUCAGCAACUUCUUGAUGCAGUGCGCCGAUCUGACAUGAAGAGCUUGGCUCUGCUUCUUGCUCAUGCCUCAACUGAUCAAGUAAAUGCAACAGUUAGUGCACGUGACCUGCGUACGCCACUGCAUCUUGCCUGUGCGACAGGCAACCUAGCAGCAGCACAACUGUUGCUAUGGCACAACGCCAACGCGAAGGCCGUGGACCACGAGGGGCGGUCGUGCCUGGCGUACGCGCGCGCCGCGGCCAACGUGGCGCUGAGCAAGGCGGCGCCGAUGGGCGGGCCGCUGGGCGUGGCG